CCUCGGUACCUCCGCCGCACACAACUAUGAGCGGCUGCCGUGUCUUCAUCGGGAGGCUGAACCCGGCUGCCAGGGAGAAGGACGUGGAGAGGUUCUUCAAGGGAUACGGCCGCAUCCGGGACAUCGAUCUGAAGAGGGGGUUUGGGUUUGUGGAAUUUGAGGAUCCGAGGGAUGCAGAUGAUGCUGUCUAUGAACUGGAUGGAAAAGAGCUUUGUAGUGAGAGGGUUACAAUUGAGCAUGCAAGAGCACGCUCUAGGGGUAGAGGCAGAGGGAGGUACUCUGACCGUUUUAGUAGCCGCCGUCCACGCAGUGACAGGAGAAAUGCUCCACCUGUAAGAACAGAAAAUCGUCUCAUAGUAGAAAAUCUGUCAUCCCGAGUCAGCUGGCAGGAUCUCAAAGACUUCAUGAGACAAGCUGGGGAAGUAACCUUUGCAGAUGCACACAGACCUAAGUUAAAUGAAGGGGUGGUUGAAUUUGCCUCUUACAGUGAUUUAAAGAAUGCUAUUGAAAAGCUUUCUGGUAAAGAAAUUAAUGGAAGGAAAAUCAAACUAAUUGAAGGCAGCAAAAGGCACAGUAGGUCCAGAAGCAGGUCACGGUCUCGUAGCAGAAGCUCAUCCAGGUCUCGGAGUCGUUCCCGCUCCCGCAGCCGCAAAUCCUACAGCAGGUCAAGGAGUAGGAGCCGUAGCAAGUCUCGAUCAGUUAGCAGAUCUCCAGUGCCAGAGAAAAGCCAGAAACGUGGUUCUUCCAGUAGAUCUAAAUCCCCGUCAUCUGAGGAUCGGCAGAGGUCUAGAUCAAGAUCCAGAUCUGUUGACAGUGGCAACUGAGCUUAAAGUUCAGUUAUGGGGGCCCUUUUUUUAAACCAUACUUGCUAAAAGUUGUGGUAAGUAUGUGACUUUCUGUGGGGAAGGGUUUGGAUGGGGAGGGGGGAGGAGUGGGAAAACUUUGUAGAUGUGGACCAUGGUGGGAAGGGUUAUUGACUAAUUGUAUUAAAUGUCUUUUGAUAACCCUUUUCUUGCUCACAUUUUUUGUGAAUGUCUGAAGUGUAUAGUUUGUGUAUAUUGGCAGAGCUCUUUAUAACUAAAGCGAACAACUUAAACUUUUUUGUACUCCAAAAAAAAAAAAGUCAUCUGAACACUUAAUUCCCAGUGUAUUCAACUGUGAAGAGCAACUCGGAACAUUAGUUUAAUAUUUCAUAGAAUCACAGAAUAGUUAGGGUUGGAAAGAACCUUAAGAUCAUCUAGUUCCAACCCCCCUGCCAUGCGCAGGGACACCUCCCACUAAACCAUGCCACCCAGUUUCAAAUUAGACUAAUAGCUUUAGGCAUCUAAGAGCUCUACAUGUGCUGUACAUAAAGCUUUAUUUCAGAGAGUAUUUUUUUGUGCUUUUGGACCAUUGUUUCAGCUAUAGAUCAGCAGAUUGAACGCUGGUCAGUACUGGUAAUAAAGUUUUAUUUUAAAAGCUUUUCAUUUAAUAUGACUUGCACUACACUUAAGAAAAUGCCCAUUUCACUUACCUAUGGUAAUAAUAUUCUAUAAAGCACCCUAAUUCUUGAUACUUAAGAAUUAAAUAGCUCAAAUAAAAUAUAAAGAAACAUG